GCGCGGCCUCUCCGUCACUCGGCGAACGGCGCUGGGAGUGAGUGCGCAGUGCUACCGAGGGUUCACCACUUUUAUAAUGUUUUGCUGAGCCGUCUGAUUGUUAAGACUGUCGCUUUAGACCGAGACGCGAAAGGAGGAAAGGCCACAAUGCUGCGCGUGUGCUGGAAAGGUGCAAAUGCAGCGGCGCGGAAUUGCCUCUGUGGUAAGGUACCAGUCCACCCUCUGCAGCACUGCCGCCGCUACACCUCAGCUGGAAACUCAGGGUCAGCUGCAGGAAAGAUUGUGGCUGCUAGUAUCCUAACAGUCGGUGGAGGUCUAGGUGGUACAAUCCUGUACGCUAAAUGGGACCCUAAAUUCAGAGCAAAUGUUGAGAAGAGCGUUCCAUAUUCUGACCAGCUUUUUGAGAUGGCGCUUGGUCCCCCUCCACCACCGUUUAUCCCAAUGCAAAAGAAACCGGUGAAGGCUGAACCACUGCAGAUCUCUUCAGUGUCUGAAGCCUCAAAGGACUCAAAGCAACCCAAAGCAAAAAGCAAAGCUAAAGAGAAGCAGCCAGAGCCAGCACCUGUGGAUCCCAAACCUGCAGUAGAGGAAGCCCCAGCUCUGCCUCCACAGACCAUUGAGGAGGCCUCAGCUGAGGCGGCCCAUAUAAUUUCAGCCAUGAGUGAGGUGCAGUCUGUGCCCGCCCCGGGUACCAGCAACGAAGCCGUGCCUGCAGAGUCCGAAGCCCAGACCUCUACUGUGGCAGCUGAAGAAUGUCAUGAGUGUGCUUCCCAUGAACCUGCUGUAAAGGAGCGGCCUGGGGAGGAAGUGGCUGCCCGCUUAGCUCAGCAGGACAAAGCUGAACAGGAUGCUCUGGCCGCCUUGUCAUUCAACCUGGAGGACACACUGGGGUUCUCUGCCAAGCUGACCCUGCAGGCCAUAGGGGCACAAGAGGCAGCUCUCACUGCUAUUGGCACACACACACACAGACUCCGUGAGGCCAUGGACUCUGAGGAUCCUCCAGAUAAGAAGUCUGCUCAGUGGAGGGAGCUGGAGGAUGCGUUAAGUGAACGAACCCGUGCUGUGGACCAGGCUGGACAGUCUCUUCUCCAAGCAAAAGAACAGCUUGAGAAGCUUAGAGUCGUGAUCAACGGUGCCAAGGAGUCCAAGAUUGAAGCCGCUAGACCUCAAAUCCUGGCUGCUGAGGAAAACUUGCACAGCAUGAUCGUGGACUUGGACAAAGUUGUAACCAAAGUUCAGGCGGCCCAGACCGAGGCAAAGAUUGUGUCUCAGUACAGUGAGCUGGUGAAUGAGGCCAAGGUUCAGUUCCAGAAAGAACUGAGCAGUAUUACUCCCGAAGUCCAAGCCAACUGGAAGGGUCUCACUGGGAAGCUGAGUGCAGAUGACUUGAAUUCCCUAAUUGCUCACGCUCACCGCCGCAUCGACCAGCUGAACCGUGAGCUGGCUGAGCAGCGGGUGCGGGAGCAGAUCCGGAUUGAAGCAGCUCUGGAACAGCAGAAGCACGAGCACCAGAGAGCCGUGGACAGUGCUGUGGAUAAAGCGAUUCAGCACAACCACGAGCAGCUGAGACUCGAGCAGGAAAAGAAGAUGCAGGAGGUGAGAGAAGUGAUGGAGGCAGAAAUGAGGACUCAGCUGCGCAGGCAGGCAGCUGCACACACUGACCACCUGCGUGAUGUGCUUAAGGUUCAGGAGCAGGAGCUACGGGAGGAAGCACAGGAGGCUCUGAGCAGUAAGAUGAUGGAGCAGGAGACACAACACCGCCGUCUGGCCCAAGAACAGCUGGACUCCUUUACGCUGGACAUGAAUUCUGCCUACGCCAGGCUCAAGGGCAUGGAGGAGGCCAUAGACAGUCAUGUCGUAGCUGAGGAAGAGGCCCGCAAGGCCCAUCAGCUGUGGUUAUCGGUUGAGGCACUGAACUACACUCUGAAAACAGCGGCUGCUGACGCUCCCACCGAGCCUCUGGAGGGUGCUGUUCGCACCAUUAAAGAGAGCUGUGCGGAGAACGAGUUCGCCCAGGCUCUAGCCACAGCUCUGCCUGAUGAAUCUCUGACCCGCGGGGUCUACAGCGAGGCCUCCCUGCGCGCUCGCUUCUACGGCGUCCGGCGGCUGGCACGUCGCGUGGCGCUGAUCGAUGAGACGCGCAACAGCUUGUACCAGUACUUCCUGUCCUAUCUACAGUCCAUCCUCCUCUUUGAGAAGGAACAGGAGGCGCCACCUACCAAGCUGGCAGCUCAAGACCUUGACACCUUCAAGCUGCUCGCCUAUGCCACAUACAGCAUCGAGCGUGGGGACCUGGAGCUGGCCGCUAAGUUUGUCAAUCAGCUGCAUGGCGAAUCACGGCGUGUGGCUCAGGACUGGCUCAAAGAAGCCCGGCUCACUCUAGAAACCAAACAGGUGGUUAGCCUCCUGUCGGCGUACGCCAAUGCAGUGGGUUUAGGCACCACCCAGGCUCCUUAAUCACCCUAUGUCAAUAAAGAGAUGUAAAAAUAUGAGGACUGCUGCUUGUGUGCUACUAACAGCAACUGUCGCUCCUCAGAUUAAUUUAUACAUAUGGCACUCUAGCCAAGAUGGGAUUUUUUUGUUUUGUUUUGUUUUUUUAUUUGUUCAAAGCACUUUUUGCAAGAAAGCUCUUCCCUGAAAGAUAAUUCUCAUGUGGCCUACCAACCAGAACAACAUUGUCUACAUGUACCUCAUCGUUUUCUCAAAGAUAACUGUUGACAGUGGCACGCACAGUGCACCCACACUCUAGUGUACGCACAGUGCACCCACACACCCCUCCCUCACUCCCACUGUUUAAUUUUAUGUGGGUAUUUAGCAGACACACUGACCUUUGGCUCGGUACUGCUUCUUGUUAGCCUGUAUAAGAACUUGUUCAUUCACUGUUUCAAGAAUCACAUGUGGGACAGUUCAGGUUCAGUACCCUGGUUGUUUAUGAACCACGUGUUUGGAAAUAAUCAAUCCUUUUUGUCAUGCUUUGAUGCUUUCCAUCAGUACUGGAUAUCAAUAAAACAUGGAUGUUGAGUCAUA